CGUCGGGCUCAGCCGCGGGCCUGGCUGUGCCCCCGCUGGGGGCCGACGACAGCCCCAACCCCGCCAUUCCCUCUCGGGCCCGGCUCUGCCGCCAGCCUGCCGCAGUGUGCUGGUGCAUCUCCCGUUAAACGCAGCCAGCGCAGCCUCCCCCUGGCCGCCAGCCGCAGCCGCAGCCUCAGCCCCGAGCCAGACAAUAGCCCCCACGUGGAUCGCCUCGCACCGCGGCUCCGCCGCCCCCUCCCCGCGCCAGCCCAGCCCAGCCCAGCCCAGCCGCGCCCGGGGAAGGCGCGGGCCGAGGUGCUGCUCCUCCGCUGGGGGCGGGCUGGGGCACUGCUGCCGCUGGGGACGGAGCAGCUGCGGAGGAGGCGGCGGCGGCGCAGCUCGAGGAGCGGAGGGAGCCCGAGCCCCCCCGGCGUGGCACUGAUCCGGGCUUUUGCUCCAGGAAGUGACCAUGGCAGGUCUGCAUGAGCUGCGAUUCACCGAGGAGAAGCCGCUGCUGCGUGGGCAGGACACUGAGCUGGAGAACUCGGAUGCCUUCCUUUCAGCAGUGGACACAGACUGGAAGGAGCAUGAUAUUGAGACCCCAUAUGGGUUGCUUCAUGUGGUUAUUCGGGGGUCCCCAAAAGGAAAUCGCCCAGCCAUCCUGACCUACCAUGAUGUUGGACUCAACCAUAAGCUGUGCUUCAACACCUUCUUCAACUAUGAGGACAUGCAGGAGAUCACCAAGCACUUUGUGGUGUGUCACGUGGAUGCACCAGGACAGCAGGCUGGAGCAUCUCAGUUCCCACAGGGGUACCAGUAUCCAUCCAUGGACCAGUUGGCUGCCAUGUUACCUAGUGUGGUUCAGCAUUUUGGGUUCAAGUAUGUGAUCGGAAUUGGCGUGGGGGCAGGAGCCUACGUUCUGGCCAAGUUUGCUCUGAUCUUCCCAGACCUGGUCGAAGGGCUUGUCCUGAUGAACAUUGACCCCAAUGGCAAAGGCUGGAUUGACUGGGCAGCCACCAAGCUGUCUGGCCUAACCAGCUCUCUGCCUGACACUGUACUAUCUCAUCUCUUCAGCCAGGAAGAGCUGGUGAACAACACAGAGCUGGUGCAGAGCUAUCGGCAGCAGAUCAGCAGUGUGGUGAACCAGUACAACCUGCAGCUGUUCUGGAACAUGUACAACGGCCGCAGAGAUCUGGACAUUAACCGGCCUGGGACUGUCCCCAAUGCCAAAACACUCCGCUGUCCUGUGAUGCUGGUGGUGGGAGACAACGCACCUGCUGAAGAUGGGGUGGUGGAGUGUAACUCUAAGCUGGACCCAACCAAUACGACUUUCCUGAAGAUGGCUGACUCCGGUGGGCUCCCACAGGUCACACAGCCUGGAAAACUGACCGAAGCCUUUAAGUACUUCCUGCAAGGGAUGGGCUACAUUGCUUACUUGAAGGACCGGAGGCUGAGUGGAGGAGCAGUGCCCUCAGCCAGCAUGACUCGCCUGGCCCGCUCCCGCACUGCCUCUCUCACCAGCGCCAGCUCGGUGGAUGGCGCCCGCCCACGGGCCUGCACCCAUUCGGAGAGCAGUGAGGCCAUGGGGCAGAUCAACCACACCAUGGAAGUAUCAUGUUGAGGCUUUCGGUACUGGCACCGUCUCUGCCUCCCCUCCCUCCUCCACUGGAGCCAUUUAGCAUUGUUCUGCAUCAAGUUGCCAUCCCAACUGCCAUCCCGCGCAGCGUCUGAUGGUCCCUCUGUCAGGGUUCCCUUCCCUUUGUUGCUGGUUUCUUUUUUUUAUUUCUUCAUUUUAAUCUGUUAGGAAAAAACCCUGGGGGUGAGGGAAAGCAUCACUCGAACACCGACAGCACAGACCAUCCCUAGCAGUAGCUGUGACACUGACCCAGUGAAGUUACCGUGUUGUCAGUCAAGCAGUGACGAAUCUCUCAAUGGGCUGGUACAUAGGUUUCUUCCAUGCAAUUGGCUUGGGAGCUGUGGCAGACAUGGGCUUUAUUUCCCCUUUCCCCCGCGUACUUCACUGGUAGAAGCUGAAGGUGGAAAUGGGACAGCCAAGUGUCCCAAAAUGAGGUGGUUGUGGGUUCUGCGCUGCUGCUUAUGGGCCUUACAGGCUGGAUUCCCUAAGCAAAGGCUGCAGUUGGGAAAGGACAUGGAGCCUGCAGGCUGAGAUGGGGCAUGAUACCCCACGUCCACGUGCCAACUGUCACUGAGGGGCCUAUCCCAAUUCAGUCUUGCCCAGUGAGGGAGUGGGGGAUACAACGAUCUGUCAGGAGUCCUGUUUUCUUAGUCAAACAUCAAAUUAAGUACUUCAAGGGCCACUCCCAGUCACAACCAUCUUGUGCUUUCUGAUCACCCUCCCUGAGGGGAGUUGACCAGAACCAUCUAAAAGCAUGCACCUCUAUUGCUUGAGCUAAAAGACUGUCCAGCUUAAUCUACUCUGGUACUGGCCAGAAUCUUGACUUCUUGAUAUUAAAUAGCUCCAUGUUAAAGGCCAGGCAACUCUUGAACUGCUACUCCAGUCACUAGAGAGAGACCAGAACCCAUACCACAGAAACAUGACUUCCCUCCCCAUGUUACUGAUGUUACUAUGUGGCUGGAUGAAGACACCCAUGGGAUCAGGGGCCAAUUUCAGUGAGCACUGGAAACAUGUCUGUAGGCUGGGACAAGUCCAAGAGGGCAGAUUUGAGCAGGCUCAUCCUGGGUGCAUCUGCUCAAACUUCGCUUAUUUGCUCACUGUUCUGUGCACUUAAGACCAUGAAGGGAGGUGACUGGCAUGUGUGAGGGGACAGUCCACCCCAGGAAGGCUGCUGCCUUGAUGUCACUGGGAUUUCGUCUUAAUCCCCCUGAAAAUGUUUGCCGGCCAGCGCAAAAUAACCUGGUACAGAUGGACCUCAAAAGCAUGUACUAGGAACCCUGCCCAUCCAGAACAGGAAGUUGAAUUGUUUAAAGCAGGAAGUGACAUGUCAGGAGGAUGGGGCAUUAGCCCCUCCCCUACAACCCCACCCAAAAAGUGCUAGGGGGUGAGCUCUAUAGAAGCCUGUAAUGAAAAUAGCAAUAUGUCACUGAAUAGAGAACUUGAGGUGCACUUGGAGACCCAUUCCCAUAGGCCGAGGGCUGCCAGGAAAGGGUCAGUCCCCUUCCAGUUCCAACAAACUGGAGGAGGCCCCAGCUGUACCAAUGGCUCUGGAUGUAGCGUGGGAAUGAGCAAGCCCUGGUAUAAGCCCCUGCUGGAAACACAGCCAGGUCCGGGGCUCCCAAGGGACCAUGGCCACUCCUAAGCUUGGGUCACCUUGUCUGUGGCUCACUCCUGCCUCUCCCCACAUCCUGCUAAUGAGUGUUUCGCAAGAAGGACAAUCAAUGACAGCAACCAAAAACAGACUCCCCUGGACCCUAGGCUCAGCCUUACUGCCUGCCCCCCAUACAGAGCAGAGGGUCUGGCUGGGUGGGUGGCAGAGCAGGAAGGCUCUGCUGAGGCCAGAAGCUGGAGAGGACUGUGAUGUGGGGACUGAUAAUGGCACUUUCCACAAUGGGGGCUCCCAGGAUUCCUCUCUCACUCUGUGGGGUGGCUGCAGCUUGGCCAGACACUCCUGGGGAGGCCUUGUGGUUCUGUGUGCUUGAAUCUAUGAUACCUGGUGAUGGUCACAUCUAUGGCCCUAACACUGGAACAGCACGGUCAGACAGCUUUUGGGCUGCUGCUGGUACAGCACAACAAGGUGCCCUGUGUGGCCGAGACCUGUAGGCAGGAAGCAGGGGAAAUAAUUAACAAUGCCUGGGGGGGGAGGUACUUACAUCCUCUGUGGCAUCUUGCAGACCUCACUGAUGGCUUGUUCUCAUGCUCACCUUGCCACAGGGGGUGGGGAACAAGCUUGCAGGUGGCCAACUGCAUGAAGCCAGCAGGCCAGGACUGUACAUGAAGCAGAUGCAGAAGGGCCAUUUCGAGGCCUGCGGUCCAUCACAGAAACAUCUGCAUGGGGUCCCUUGCGGAACCAACCCAAAGGGGGUGGGGUGGAGUGGGAGGGUCGUGCUUUGCUUCAUGUCCCAGGCUUUGGCUAGGUUAGUUCCAAGAGAGCGGGCAGGAGGCCAUGGUUCCUUCUGGCUCCUCCUUGUUAGCAGACCCCUAGUGGAGGUCAGAUAGGCUUGGUGCUGGGAGACAUGGGAAUGGCAAAGCUCUGCAUCUGUGAUGUUUCUGUUGUGGCUUUAUCGCACUCCUGCCCACAAGGCAUCUCUGCUUGGCGGGGCUAAAGCAGAAGUCAUGUCCCCACAGGCAGCAGGCGGCGGGGCCUCUGGGGAGGCCUCUCUUCCUCUGAGGUAGGCAGCUCUGGCUGAGCACAGGAUCAGUGUGUCCCGGGCUGCGCGCCAGCUUGUUUUGUUCGCCAUUAGCACACAUUAAUAUGUUGUGACUUAGGCAGCCUGUACCCACUGCUGAGUGGGCAGGAAACUGCGGUUGUUGCUCUGGUGCCAGCAUCACUAUGGUGAGGAACCAAGGCAGGCAGGAACCAGCAUGUAGGAGGACAACUGCUUCUGCACCUGUCCCCAGCUCCUGGAGGGAACCCUGUUGUCAAGGCUGAAGGCCCACUCCGCCACCAGCACCCUCCACUCCCAUGGCGUCCAACCCAUUUCUCGCUCAGCACUCUGGGCUGAGCAUUUGUCAAGGGCUUAAUUCUUCCUGGGAUCUGUGAUUUGAUCCAUCCCUCGUAGGUAUGGGCCAUGUAUGUUUGUUAUCCAGCCAGGGCUAAAGUGGCAGGGGUGGGUUUGUUCUUUUGCACACAGGAUGUUAUCACCAACCACACUGUACCUGAUCCAUAGCCUGCUUUCUGCUUGUAUGUGCUUCAUAUCACAGUGACAGUGGGGAAUAGCAUUCAGAUCCUCUUGCCCCAGAAACCCAGCCCACGCACAUGAGCUGAAACACAAUCUCCAUCAACAACUAACAGUACAGAGCCUAUGGCAUGCAACAGCAGCUCAGGCCUUGCUGGUCCCUGGCAUGGGAGCCAGCUUGUUCUGGUGUUUUCUCACGCCUGUGAAGAUUUGCCUCCGAGCAAUGCUGACUGGAAUGCCCUGAGCAGGAGGGCAGGGCCCUGGGGAAAGGUGAUCAUACUUUAUAGGUAAGGGCUGCCUAAAUACCAUGUCAGUCCCCCAGUGUCACUUGCCCCCUACCCUCCAGGGUGCCUCCACCCCUGAUCACAACAAAACCAGGCUUCUGCAGCUCAUCAUCAGCUCUUUACACAUCCAGUGUGUGGGGCUGCUUUGCCCAGACAAAAAUAGUUCUGUUACCCAUUUCCUGGGAUGGGGAGUGAGGUAGCCGUAUUAUUGGGAGGUAAGAGAAGCAAGUGUAGGCCCAGUGUAUUACUCAUGUUCUCCGUGCUAUCUCAGCUUGAGGCCCCACAGGAAGAGUGAGGGCAGAACCUUGUUACUUGCCCCUGUUCACAAACCUCUGUAUGGCGUUAGGUGCCAGGAUGAGAUGACUCCUCUGCCUCAUGUGCUUUCACCCGGGCAAAGGAAGGUGAAACUGGUUUGGACAAGGACUAGCAAGGUCCAUGAGGCCUUUAUCUGGCACCAUUCUUAACUGUUUCAGGUGGUGAAAUCCAAUCGCCUUUGCUGAACAAGUUACUCAUGAGCUCAGCAUCCAGCAGGGGAUGAGAGGUCUGCAGGCCCUUUGACCCACCCUGCUUUGGUUGUUUCCAUCUGUGAACAUGCCAUGUUCAAGCCCUUUAUAGCCAUGCAGCUCUCUGACUCCUUAGCCACCUGAAUCAGCUUUCCACACUAGCCAGGCGCGCAAGAGAAUAGAUGCAGGCAGAAUGCAUAGUGGGAGGAGUGAGAAAUACUCACAGAGAACGCAAGAAACCUGUGGUGGUUGGGACAUGAUGUCCUGGCCCCAUCUAUGCUAUUUAGGAGAGUGCAUUGAUGACCCCUGCUUCCUGUAUGGCUAAAAACAGAACAUGACACCCCCCCUCCUUGCAUUUCAAUGGUAUGACAUCACAAGCCAUUCUAUAAACUCUUGCUGGUGUAUUAGUUUGUCCCAGACUCUGUCCUUCCGUGUGCUUCCUUCUGAACAUUAAAUGUGAAUGUUUGAAAGCUAGUAGGAAUCCUUUUGACUGUAGAUACUGCUGCAAUUUUUCUUGUUUUUUUGGCGUGUCCUUUCAGAUGAUAUAUAUAUAAAUAUCUAUACAUAAUAUAUAUAUUGGAUUUGUUUUUCCCCUCUGUUCUUUCUUUCUUGUAGCAAUUGGUAACAAAUGUGUGGUUUUACAUUUAAGGUGGUCUGACUGUAAUUUAAUUUGGGGUUUGUUUUUGAAGUUUGUUUUUUUCCUCACCCUGCUGCCCCCCUCCCCCCACCUUUUCUGGUUCAGGUGAAAUUUAAUGAAUUUCAUACUUCUUCUCUGUAUGAGGUGAGACCUUCUAUUUUUGUCAUGGUGAUUGAUGCUCAGAAGUUGCAUUGAUGCCAUAUUUACAGAUGACUACAAAAUGUAAAACAACAAAAAAUUGUUGAUGUAGACAGGAUUACUGUGUUGAAAACUAAUAAAAAUGUUAAGAACCUC